CUGACCGGGGGCGGGGCUCCCCGCUCUUCCCUCGGAGACCCCAGCCCUCGGGCGGUUUCCUGGGUGAACUCCGGCGGGAGGCGUGGGUCUCCCGUCGGUCCGCGGCCCGCAGCGGCCCGGCCCCGCCGCCAUGAAGGUGAAGAUUAAGUGCUGGAACGGCGUGGCCACUUGGCUCUGGGUGGCCAACGACGAGAACUGCGGCAUCUGCAGGAUGGCCUUCAAUGGCUGCUGCCCGGACUGCAAGGUGCCCGGCGACGACUGCCCGCUGGUGUGGGGCCAGUGCUCCCACUGCUUCCACAUGCACUGCAUCCUCAAGUGGCUGAACGCGCAGCAGGUGCAGCAGCACUGCCCCAUGUGCCGCCAGGAGUGGAAGUUCAAGGAGUGAGCGCGCCCCGCCGGAGGCCCUCCCUCCCCGGUGGACCCAGCACGGCCCGUGGCUCCCUCAGUCCCGAUGUUGACACUUUUAUCCAAUGAGUCAACUCAUUAAACUGCCGAGCCUUG